UUGAUUGCUUGUCUGUUUGCGAAGGUAACUUGUGGAUAUUUUCUGCUAAACAUAAGGACUGUACAGAUACAUCGCAAAAAAAAGAGACUGGAGCUUCCUAAUUGCAUCGAAGAUAUCGUACUUGAACAUGUCAGUGUCCCUAAAGACACUUUACUGGUAGUCAAUGAGGGUUAUCGAAAUGUUGCUAUAAUUUUUUCCAAUGGAUCUUCUGAUUUAUCCAAGGUAAAGCAGUUAAGGAAGUUUAAAUUGCUCAUCACUAAGCAAAGUCCAAUAAAUAUCGAAUUUCCAGACUUAACAAAUGUUGCAAGUCUUGAAAUAUCAUACGAUGGAAACGAAAGGUAUUUUAUGUUUUUGCUAUUGAAUUGUGUCAAUGUUAGAGAAGUAAUUUUGUAUAACACUGUGUGCGAGCUGCAUGAUUGGAUAGGAAGAGAUACAUCAACCAUUCCUGAAAAAGAAAUGGCACCAUGGGAACUGAAUGAGUUGAGGGCAAUGAUCAACCAAGAAAGUUGUAAUUCAUGGUGUCGAUCUCCGUAUGUAUGUUUUAAAGACUUUAACGCCAGAUGUAAUCCAAUUUUCUGUUGGGAGAAGCGUAAAAACAUACAGAAUCUAAGCAUAAUAGCCUUUCAGAUUAGUGACGAAUGUUUAGAACAGCUAAGAAAGUUUAUAUCGCUAAAAACACUUUCUAUUAUGACACAAAACGUACAAGCA